CUCGCUCUGCUGCCCGGGACACGCCGCCUCCCAGCCGGAGGUUCCGGUUACCCGCAUCCACUUCUUCUGUCCCGGUGCCCUGCUCCGUCGUCGGCUUUUGUCAAUUGGAGCCCAUAUCUUUGCCGCUAUCUCCGCGUCCAGCCGCCUCCCAGCCAGUGCCAUCCCACAGGUGUCUACACGUCUGGCCGUCCAUCCGUCGGUCCCUCCUGGGGCGGACGCUGACCAUGCCCAGCGGUUGCCGCCGCCUACAUCUCGUGUGCCUGUUGUGCAUCCUGGGGGCAUCAGGUCAGCCUGUCAGAGCGGAUGACUGCAGCUCCCACUGUGACCUGGCCCACGGCUGCUGUGCACCUGAUGGCUCUUGCAGGUGUGACCCAGGCUGGGAGGGGCUGCAUUGUGAACGCUGUGUGAGAAUGCCUGGCUGUCAGCAUGGUACCUGCCACCAGCCCUGGCAAUGCAUCUGCCACAGUGGCUGGGCAGGCAAGUUCUGCGACAAAGAUGAGCACAUCUGCACCUCCCAGUCCCCCUGCCGGAAUGGAGGCCAGUGUGUAUAUGAUGGGGGUGGCGAGUACCACUGCGUGUGCCUACCAGGAUUCCAUGGGCAUGACUGUGAGCGCAAGGCUGGACCCUGUGAGCAGGCAGGCUCCCCAUGUCGGAACGGCGGGCAAUGCCAGGACGACCAGGGCUUUGCCCUCAACUUCACAUGCCGCUGCUUGGCGGGCUUUGUGGGUGCCCACUGUGAGGUGAAUGUAGACGACUGCCUGAUGCGGCCUUGUGCUAAUGGUGCCACCUGCCUUGAUGGCAUAAACCGCUUUUCCUGCCUCUGCCCUGAGGGCUUUGCUGGACGCUUCUGCACCAUCAACCUGGAUGACUGUGCCAGCCGCCCGUGCCAGAGAGGGGCUCGCUGUCGAGACCGGGUCCAUGACUUUGACUGCCUGUGCCCCAGUGGUUACGGUGGCAAGACUUGUGAGCUUGUCUUACCUGUCCCAGACCCUGCCACCACGGUGGGCACUCCCCUAGGGCCCACCUCGGCUGUGGUGGUACCUGCUACAGGGCCAGUCCCCCACAGCGUGGGGGCAGGUCUUCUGAGGAUCUCUGUGAAGGAGGUGGUGCGGAGACAAGAAGCUGGGCUAGGUGAGUCUAGCUUGGUGGCUCUGGUAGUGUUUGGGGCCCUCACUGCCGCCCUGGUCCUGUCCACUGUAUUGUUGACCCUGAGGGCUUGGCGCCGGGGCAUCUGUCCCCCAGGACCCUGUUGCUAUCCUGCCCCACAUUAUGCCCCAGCACGGCAGGACCAGGAAUGUCAGGUUAGCAUGCUGCCAGCAGGGCUCCCCCUGCCACCCGACCUGCCCCUUGAGCCUGGAAAGACCACAGCACUGUGAUGGAGGUGGGGGCUUUCUGGCCCCCUUCCUUACCUCCUCCACCCCUCAGCCUGGAGUGGUCCUUUCUUGCUACCCCUCAGUUUGGGUAUACAUACUGAGGGGAGACUUCAGCCUUGUACCAGAAAUAUUAUUUUUUUAAUAUACAGAAUGUAAGACAGGAAUUUUAUCAAAUAAAACUAUGAAAAUGCA